AUGUCGACCGCAGUCACAGUAUCACCAACACUUGGAAAUGCCCAAGCGACACGCAAACAGAGCUCAUGGAGCAAUCUACUAGUCGGGGCGGCUAUGAACCUCUUCCAAGUAACUUCCCUGGGUCAACCAAUGGAGGUCCUGAAAACACAUGUUGCAGCUAAUAGAGGCGAUAAUCUGCGCACUGCGAUCAGCAAAACAUGGUCUCGUGGGGGUGCUCCAGCCUUCUAUCAAGGGCUCAUUCCCUGGGCAUGGAUUGAGUGCUCAACGAAAGGGUCAAUCCUAUUCUUCACCUCGAAUGAAGUAGAGGCCUAUUCAAAAACACUACUCGGUGCGAGUCCGGCCAUUGCGGGGACAUUGGGCGGCAUUGCCGGUGGUGCUGCUCAGGCAUACUUGACCAUGGGCAUGACAACUUGCAUGAAGACUGUCGAAGUGACACGGCCAAAAAACCUUCAGCCGGGGGUCCGGGUCCCGGGAACUAUCGAGAUCUUUAUUGGCAUCUUGCGCAAAGAAGGCAUUCGCGGCGUCAAUCGCGGCGUCAACGCGGUUGCUCUGCGGCAAAUCAGUGGAUGGGCAUCUCGCAUUGGAAUUGCAAGGUUUGCCGAGGCUCAGAUCCGCGCUAUGCACUCAAAGCCAGCAGAAGCGAAGCUCAGCGUGUGGGAGAAGAUUGGCGCGUCAACGGUCGGAGGAGCGCUGAGCUGCUGGAACCAGCCUUUUGAAUCACUGGCGUCGGGCAAAGAUGUGUCGUCGAAGCCAACCAUGGCGUCUGCAGCGAGGCGCAUCCUGGCCAACUCAGGCCCCUUGGGUUUCUUCCGAGGCAUUGUUCCUCGCAUUGGGGUAGCAGCAUGGGCUACUAUCUGUAUGGUAGGGUUUGGUGACAUGGCCAAGGAGUAUGUCCGAGGUCCGACUGCUUGA